UACGCGAACGCCCUCGGAUUCACGACCCACACAUGUGCCGAGGAACCAAACACUCGGACGCGGCGCCUCGUGCCAAGUGCAUUUAUAACGCCGAGAUUGAACGACGUCAUAAGUAAAUAAGUAAACUACUUAAGAAAUUGAGAAAGAAACAUACUGUGCCCUCAGUAAAGACAAUGGCAGUCCUGAGGAAGGCUGCAGCAGCUCCAGGAGAGAAGGGAUCUCCUCAAAAUGAAAUAAAGAAGAACGCAAAGGGAAAGAAGAAAAAGGCCAAUUUAGUAGAAAAGAAGGAACCUACCGUAGAGAAGAACGACGCCCCUGUAAAGACCGUGGAAGUCAAGAAGACGCCAGCUAAUGAAGUAAAGAAAGCAAAGGGGAAGAAAGGAGCCAAGUUAGUGUCUGGAGAAGAGAAGAAACCUACUGUAGAGAAGAGUAGUGUCACGGAAAAGACUCCAGAUGCUCCAGGAGAGAACAAGGUAUCACCUCGAAAUGAACGAAAGAAGAAGAAGAUUCGGGGGAAGAAGAAGAAGAGAUCUGAGGUCGUGAAGAAGGAUGAAGACACUGCUCCAGCAAAGAAAAAGAGAAUCAGGAAGAGGCGGCCUAAGAAGAGGAAAGCUACAGCAGAGAACCCUGAGCAGGAGACAAGUGAAGCAAAGAAAGCAAAGUUAGAUGUUCCAGAUGAGAAGAUGACUCUAGUUGGAGAUCUGUUGGGCAUAUAUGAGAUGAGAAGGGAUGAGGAUUUUAAGAGAUCUCUCUAUGUCAUGAUGAAGAAUUUCAAAAAGAAUUACUACAAGGAUCCACCUCCGAUUUUUGAAAGUGCCCAGCAUCUCAGAUUUAGUGGGUCGAAAGGAUUGGCCUUCCUAGUAUACAAGUCAGAGGAGGAAGCAGAAAGGAUGAAAAAAGUAUUAGAUAACCACAGAUUAAUACAAGACGCGAGAUUUGCCGGCAUGAAAGGUUGUCACGGCAUUCGAGAGGAUGAGAUUGUUGUGCAUCCAUACAAAUUGGACAUUGAAAAUAUACCAGCCAAGAUAAAGUACGAAGAUUUGGAGAAGACGUUUCAAACAGCAAUGGAGAUCGUUUACAAGCCUGGGACUUUUUUUGCAAACUUGGUCUUCAAAACAAAAGAGGAUGCUGAGGAUGCCUUCAGAAGUGCAGAUAACGUUGAAAUUGAUGGCGUCAAAUUGAGUGUCCUCUACCGCAAGUAUGAAAAAGGAAAGGGACGGCCACAGCUAAAGCCAAAGAAGGAAAAAUUCAAGGCAAAACAGCUAGACAUUGAUCAUGUACUAGCAUCAUCAUGAGAAAAAAUAUAAGUAAAUUGAAGAUUAUUUAAUCCACACUGGAAUGGGAGGGAAGACAGAAACAGACAAUGAGUGAGUGAAAAGUGAAAUGGAGAAAGACAGAGAGAAAAAUUAAUUUUUUCAAAUAAAUAUAUUUGGGAAUUA